CAUCUGUUUUACAGCGAGCGGCGGCGUCCUCGUUCUGACGUAUAUUUUCUGGCAUUAUUGGCUCAGGAGGAGGUGGGUAGAGUGGAGAUCUCGUCGCCGACCAUCGCUAACUACGUUCGUCGCUCGUGUUGUGAAAUGUGAAAAUGGCGUCUUCCCAGGACGCUUGGUAUCUGUCGUUGCUCGGCCUGGCCGAGAAUUUCCGCACGUCGAGCCCGCCCAACAUCAAGUCGUGCAUCCAGUGUCUGCAGGCGGUCUUCCAUUUCAAGCCGCCGCCGCGCGUCGAGGCACGCACCCACCUUCAGCUCGGCAACAUUCUGCUCACGCAUACGAAAAACAUCGAUUUGGCGCGAUACCAUCUAGAUCAAGCGUGGCGGCUGAGUCAGAAUAUAAAUACGUUCGAUGAUGUAAAGUUCGAAGCGGCAAGCGUCGUUGCGGAGCUGUACGAGCAGCAGCAGCAGCCGAACCUGAGUAAACCGAUUUUGAGGAAGGCGAUAGAACUGUCCCAGCACAAUGUCUACUGGCAUUGCAGGCUUAUCUUUCAACUUGCGCAAAUUCAUGCUUCGGAGAAGGACUUUGUCGCGGCGAGUAGCUUGCUCGCGGUUGGUGUUGAUUAUUCUCACAUAAGCAACGCCUGUUACACCAAAGUUCUCUUCCUUUUAAGUCGGUGUAUGUUGUUGUUGAUCGAUAAAAAGUUCACGGAAGUUCAUCCCCUGUUAAAUUCAGCAAACCACCAUAUAGAGAAUUGGCAGGGCAAUUCAUAUCAAAAAGACUAUCUUAAGGUGUACUUUUUAGUUCUUCAAGUAUGCCACUAUCUUAUGGCAGGCCAGGUGAAAAGUGUAAAACCUUGUCUAAAACAAUUGCAACAAAGCAUACAGACUAUAAUGUCACCUAGUUGGCCUGCCGAUGACGUAGUCACAGGCUCCAAUAUUGGAGACAUGUUUAUAUGGAUGCCGAAGGAUCAACUGUAUGUCUUGGUUUAUUUAGUAACGGUCAUGCAUUCGAUGCAAGCCGGAUAUAUGGAGAAGGCACAAAAAUAUACUGAUAAAGCUCUUACCCAAAUCGAAAAACUAAAAAUUAUCGAUAAUAAACCUGUUUUGUCCGUGUUUCAAUUAAUGCUCUUGGAACAUAUAAUCAUGUGUCGACUUGUAAUGGGAAAUAAAACCUUGGCUCUUACGGAAAUUUCUCAAGCAUGCCAACUUUGCAGGCGACAGCCUAGGUUACUUCAAGGCCAUAGACCACAAUUACAUGUAUUACUAGGUUUAUAUGCAAUGUCUAUGAAUUGUAUGGAAGCUGCAGAGGCUCAGUUCACUGCUGCGCUCAGAACGUCACAAGAGAGGGAACUCUGGACAUUCGCUAAUUUGAACCUAGCGAUAGUAUAUCUUAGAUCAAAGAAGGAAGCUGAGCUGGGAAUGUUAUUAGAAAGGAUAAAUCCAGAAUCUCUACCAUCACAUUCUCAUUCUUUGAGGGCAGCUGCAUAUUAUGUACAGGGACUUCAAGCUUUCUUUGGGGCUAGAUACAAUGAAGCAAAGCGAUAUCUUAGAGAGACUUUAAAAAUGGCAAAUUCAGAAGACUUGAACAGACUCACUUCCUGUAGUCUUGUGCUUCUCGGACACAUAUUUCUUUCAUUGGGAAAUAGUAGAGAAUCAAUGAAUAUGGUCACACCUGCGAUGCAAUUAGCUUCUAAAAUACCUGAUGUACAUGUACAAUUGUGGGCUACUGCCAUUUUAAAAGAUUUAUAUAGAAUGUGUAAUGAACAGUCUCGUGAGACCGAAGCGUAUCAAAUGCACUGCACAUUCUCUCAAACUCUCUUAAAGGACCAUUUCCAGAGUACCCAAAAGAGUGAGCACUCGCUCAUUCAUUGGAUAGACGGCCCUGUGCCUGCGUUACCAACUAAUCCACCACCAUCUACGUCACAAGCAAUACUCUAAUGGUAUAAAAGAUAUUUAGAAAAUCGGAUGUUCCGUGCGGUAACACGACGGUAAUAUAGGAGGAUUAAAGGAUAUUUGAUAUAAUAUCCAAACUUUUUUGAUACGAGAGAUUUGCGAGGUAUAUGGCAACUAGUUAUAGCAGAGCUUGAAAGCAAUUUAAUGCUAUAAUAUUGUUUAAAUCAUCGAAAUUGUACACGGCAGGGACUGAUUGUAUAUGUAGAUCAUUAAUAUUUUGUUUAUUAUAUUAAAUCAUAUUUAUGUGAAAUUAUUCAAGACAAAAUAUUUUCCGUAAUGGAGAACAGACGCGUUUUUUAGACUAAACCGUUGUAUAAACCGUUUUACCGCACAAUGCGUUUAGACAAGAUUUGUAUUGCACAUAUAGGGAAUAUAGAAUAGAUCGGAAUAUAGAAUAAAAAUUUUUAUUUUUGUUUGAAAAAUCUCGUCAAGUCUAUAUUUCCGAUUAUGCAAGAUUUUUUUACAUCACAUUGGUAUCUAUCACAUACUGAAAUAAAUAAAAAUCUACUAAUUUUUUAAAUUAAAAAAUUGCAAUAUAUUAGAUGCGUUAUUUUAAACUUUGUAAUUGCAAUCAUUUUAUGUAGUCUACAAUUAUAAUUGCAAUAUUUUUAUAUAUAAAGAUUUUGUUUGGUAAAGCACAAUUAAUCUUCAAAAUGUUACUGUGUGAGUAAUGGGGGGAACAAGUAUCAAAAUUUAAAUAUUAAAUUUUGUAUAUACUGGAUUAUAUAAGAAAAAUAUAUUAAGAAUGAUAAAAUCUAAGUAAUUAGCUUUCAGCAAGAUUUGACAAAUUCUCCAUGUGUCCAGUGUAUUAAUGGAAUGGUUUUAUUGGUUAUAUUUUAUCAUUGCCUUUUUUUAAUGACCAAAGUAAACAUUAAUAAUUUGGCUGUGGCACAACAGAACAUGUUCAUUAAGCAGUAUAAAAAAAGAUAGGUAUGGAACUUUGCACAGUAAGUCGAAAAGAGGCAAAUUCUUUACCUAUUAUAUUACCAGAUGUUUCGGUAUAUAUACAUGUAUUUUUAUUAAGAUGAUAUAUGUAUGUAUUGUAUGAAUAUAUAAUAAAAAUGUAAUUGUUAUAUAUUAGUAUUAGUUACAGUAAUAAAUAAACAAAGAAAGGGGCCUUAGAAUAUGGUAACUUGAACAGCAAAGAACUUGUGUGUAAAAUUCUUUACUUUGUUUAAAUUAUUCCAAUAUAUUUUGUACAUAUUUUUAGAGGUGAAAAAAUACGUACACGCAAAUAGUAGAAUAGAUAAUGUAAUAAAACACAGGUUUGUACAAAUAUUUGUUUUCUUAACAUAAAGAACAGAACAAAUUU